AUGGCCCAAGGCCCGGUGCCCCCAAGCGGUGGCGACAACCGGCCGCCUAAAGGACGCGCCUAUGGGCAGUCCGUUUUCAACGAAAAGAACCGAAAAGACCCAGAGUGCAGAACAUCUCCUGCCUCCCUUACACCCGCCGGGCCAGGCCGCCCGCAAACCACAGAGGCCACUGAGGGCAUAGCGACAGCCCCGCCCACUGCCCCCAAGUCUCAGCUCCCGGGACCCCGGACCCGCAGACCCGUCCUGGAGCCGCGGGGGUCAGAGGGUGCAUUCUUCCCCACCCCAACCCCAACGGACACGAGGGGCAGAGCGAGCCCGGCGGCGGACCGGGCUCGGGAGAGCGCGGGCAGGGCAGUCCCCCCGGCGAGGGGCAGGGGUCUUGGAGGCCUCCCGCCCAGCCUGGGGCACCGGCCGCGGAGAGGAAGGAGCCCCUCCCCCUACCCCCUCCGGGGCCCCGCCCGGCCUCCAGGCCCCGAGGCGCAGCCGUCCCGAGGGAAGGGCGGCACAGGAGCAGACAGGAGAAAGGACACUUACUUAAAAGGCUACAUAGUUUCACUCCCUGCCCUUCCCGGACGGCCGGUGACACGGGCUCGGACCUCAGGGCCCAUGACCUCAGCGCGGCGGCUUAGCUCCACCGCCCACCGCCUUACUCCACCGUCGGGCGGAGCCGCGCCUCAGGGCCCUCGGUCAGCCCAAUGA